AUGGAUGAGUCGUCUCGGGGUCCGCAAGUGCCCAGCUCUCCCACCUCCUACCCACUCUACGUGCGCCUGCGCGCGGUGGUGGCUGAUUGGAUGGUGAAACCAGAAGAGAGAAAGGACUUUGUCGUUGAGAGCUGUGCGCGCAACCUUCUGGCGCAGCAACUCACCAAGGAGGAAGCCAAGGAUGCCACCAAUCCCGCUGGGCUGAACCUUGGAGUGGAGGAGCCACCAGGAUCAAAAGACUAUCAGCGCCAGUCAUCCACUCUGUCGCCGGCGCCCGAAGAGGAGGAGAUGGUCAUGGAACCGCCAGGUCAGCCAGAGGAAGAGACCAACAACUUCAAGCUUGCUGGAAGCGUGUUGGAGCAUUUGAUGCGGGAGGUCCUGAGAGAAGAAGAGUUCGGAAACAUUUUGGACAAAAUGUUGUCCCAGGACGUGCCCUUCUUCCAGCAGUUUGAAAAUAGUGAUCCGCCUGAGCUGCCGCCUCCAGAUCACCAGGCCGCUCCAGAGCCCGAGCUGCAGCCACGAACUUUGGAGGAGCCUCCAGCAGAAGAGUCGGUUCCUCCACUCGAGCCGGAGAGUGACGAGGAUGUGAACUUCGAGGUUCCUACCGGCAGUGCCCUGCCAUGGUCGGAUCUUCUGAUGGACUUCAAGGCACCGCUGGCGCCAGUGUCGGCUCCCAGGAAGUCGGUGAAAACAGGCCACGGCGCCCAGCGGCUGGAAAUACAGUUAUAA